GGCCCCUGCGAGGAAACAGGAAGCCCGGGCCGCCGCUCACUCGUUCGCACUCGCACUCGGACUCAGACCCAGUCCGACCCCCUGGACUGCGCCAUGCGGUGCCGAAGCGCUGCUGUGUGGAUCUUCCUGGCCCUGCGCACCGCACUCGGCAGCGUGGAGGUGCGGUGGUGCACCGCGUCCGAGCCCGAGCAGCAGAAGUGCGAGGACAUGAGCCGGGCCUUCCGCGAAGCCGGCCUCCAGCCGGCCCUGCUGUGCGUGCAGGGCACCUCGGCCGACCACUGCGUCCAGCUCAUCGCGGCCCACGAGGCCGACGCCAUCACUCUGGACGGAGGAGCCAUUUAUGAAGCGGGGAAGGAACACGGCCUGAAGCCCGUGGUGGGCGAGGUGUACGACCAAGAGGUGGGCACCUCCUACUACGCCGUGGCCGUGGUCAGGAGGAGCUCCAACGUGACCAUCAACACCCUGAGAGGCGUGAAGUCCUGCCACACGGGCAUCAACCGCACGGUGGGCUGGAACGUGCCUGUGGGCUACCUGGUGGACAGCGGCCGCCUCUCAGUGAUGGGCUGUGACGUGCUCAAAGCGGUCAGCGAGUACUUCGGGGGCAGCUGCGUCCCUGGGGCAGGAGAGACCAGAUACUCCGAGUCCCUCUGUCGCCUCUGCCGGGGCGACACCUCCGGGGAAGGCGUGUGUGACAAGAGCCCCCUGGAGCGGUACUACGACUACAGCGGGGCCUUCCGGUGCCUGGCAGAAGGCGCUGGGGACGUGGCCUUUGUGAAGCACAGCACGGUGCUGGAGAACACGGAUGGGAGAACACUGCCCUCCUGGGGCCACAUGCUGAUGUCACGGGACUUCGAGCUGCUGUGCCGGGACGGCAGCCGGGCCAGCGUCACCGAGUGGCGGCGCUGCCACCUGGCCCGGGUGCCCGCCCACGCCGUGGUGGUCCGGGCCGACACCGAUGCGGGCCUCAUCUUCCGGCUUCUCAAUGAGGGCCAGCGGCUGUUCAGCCACGAGGGCAGCAGCUUCCAGAUGUUCAGCUCAGAGGCCUAUGGCCAGAAGAACCUGCUGUUCAAAGACUCCACGCUGGAGCUGGUGCCCAUCGCCACACAGACCUACGAGGCCUGGCUGGGCCCUGAGUACAUGCACGCCAUGAAGGGUCUGCUCUGUGACCCCAACCGGCUGCCCCCAUACCUGCGCUGGUGCGUGCUGUCCACCCCCGAGAUCCAGAAGUGUGGAGACAUGGCCGUGGCCUUCAGCCGGCAGAGGCUCAAGCCGGAGAUCCAGUGUGUCUCGGCGGAGUCCCCCCAGCACUGCAUGGAGCAGAUCCAGGCUGGGCACAUCGACGCUGUGACCCUAAACGGGGAGGACAUUCACACGGCGGGGAAGAUGUAUGGGCUGAUACCGGCCGCCGGGGAGCUGUACGCCGCGGACGACAGGAGUAACUCGUACUUCGUGGUGGCCGUGGUGAAGCGAGACAGCGCCUACGCCUUCACCGUGGACGAGCUGCGCGGGAAGCGCUCCUGCCACUCCGGCUUCGGCAGCCCGGCCGGCUGGGACGUCCCGGUGGGCGCCCUCAUCCACAGGGGCUACAUCCGGCCCAGGAACUGCGACGUCCUCACAGCGGUGGGCCGCUUCUUCAACGCCAGCUGCGUGCCGGUGAACAACCCCAAGAAGUACCCCUCCUCGUUGUGCGCGCUCUGCGUGGGCGACGAGCAGGGCCGCAACAAGUGCGUGGGCAACAGCCAGGAGCGGUACUAUGGCGACAGUGGCGCCUUCAGGUGCCUGGUGGAGGGUGCAGGGGACGUGGCCUUCGUCAAGCACACAACCAUCUUUGACAACACGAAUGGCCACAAUCCCGAGCCGUGGGCUGCCCAUCUGAGGAGCCAGGACUAUGAGCUGCUGUGCCCCAACGGCGCGCGGGCAGAGGCGCACCAGUUCGCUGCCUGCAACCUGGCCCAGAUACCGUCCCAUGCUGUCAUGGUGCGGCCCGACACCAACAUCUUCACCGUUUACGGACUGCUGGACAAGGCCCAGGACCUGUUUGGAGACGACCACAACAAGAACGGGUUCAAGAUGUUCGACUCCUCCAGCUACCACGGCCGAGACCUGCUCUUCAAGGACGCCACGGUGCGUGCCGUGCCUGUGGGCGAGAGGACCACCUACCAGGACUGGCUGGGGCCGGACUACGUGGCCGCUCUGGAAGGGAUGAAGUCACAGCGGUGCUCAGGGGCAGCCGUCGGCGCCCCCGGGGCCUCGCUGCUGCCGCUGCUGCCCCUGGCUGCCGGCCUCCUGCUGUCUUCGCUCUGAGAGCAGCUCCGG